AAGAACGGGGAGCACCCGGGAACCAAACCGGCUACUAGAUUCGGUCCACAUCGUAUUCACCUUGAGCCCGAAAAUAGAAGCCCAGCUCCUUCACCGUAUAUAAAUAUAGCUUCUUUCACCUCUCUUUCCCUCCCGCGCUGUCAGUGCUGCCCGGGAAAGUCAUCUCUGCUUCAACAUCGCACAAGAAUUCAAGGAUCUGGAUUUUUUGUUUUAGUAAGAGUGUGGCGGUUUGAUGGCAGCUAUGGCAAUUAAACACGGGGAAUUGGUGACUUUAGAAGAACUCAACCCAUCUUCACCUUUUUUUAAGCAGGGAGCUUCGGUCAGAGUCACUGGAAAGCUACAAGAGUAUACUGUGGAGACAGCCAUAGCUGUAGUUGCUGAUGGAAAUGCCACCCUAAAGAUUGACACUCAACACUUAAGAGACAUCAGCUUUCGAAUAGGCUCCACCUACCAGUUCAUUGGCGAGCUCCUCAUUCAACCUGAUAGCGAGGCAAUCUUGCAGGCACGUGUGGGCAGGAUUGUUGAUGGCAUUGACCUUAGCCUCUAUCAUCAGUCUCUCCAGCUAUUAAGACAGUUCCAAGCUGAUCACCUCAACAAUUCAAGUAGUUAAAACCGACAUAAUGCUGAACCGAUUUAUCAAAAUACUUUCACAACGAAACAUAUCCAUGUAAAUUUCUGGAACGUCAUAUAUACAUCCAGGAGCUGAUUUCUCUUUCUUCUA